UGUAUUUAAGUCUUGUCUCUGCCUUCCUCUUGUGCUGGUCCAUUAAUGUCUCUCAUGUAACGUCCUUAACGUCAUUAUUGUCUCUUCAUCCCUGACUCCCUUCUGCCUUGUUCAUGGUUUGCCCACACCCUGCACGAGUAUGAGGACCUGCAGAGGAGGAGCGAGGCAGCAGCCAUGCAAUGCCAGAGGCUGGAGGAGGAAAGAGAUGCAGCCGUGAAGAAACUCUCUGAAAUCCAACAAGUGUCUCAGAUGGUCAUCCAGGAGGUCAGUGUCAUUCAAGAGGACCUGGAGAUCGAGAGGAUGUGCAGAGAAAGUGCUGAAGCUCUCGCAUCCAAGCUGAACCGGCAGAACCGCUCGCUGAAAAGGAAGAGCAUGAUGCUGAUGUCUCAUCUAAGUCCAGAGACCAUCACAGAGAUCAGCUUGGUGGACGAUGAAGAGGAGGGCGAAGACCUUGAUAUCAACAGCAAAGACUGUCACUGCCAAAACAACAUCGCAGAGCUUCAACGUAAACUGGAACGGGUGCUACAGGAAAAAGAUCAAGCAACUUCUGAGCUAAAGUCAGUGAGACAACAACUGAGAGACGUGAAGGAUGAAGUGAUGAGAGAGAAGCACGAUAACACAGUGUUAAUAGCUGAGAUCAUGCAGCAGAAGAAGCUCCUGCAGAAAUAUAACAGAGUGUCACAGUUUGCUGUGGAGGAAUACGAGGCUCUGCAGGAAACCUUGGACUUGGAACAGAACCUGAGGACAGAAGCAGAGAACUUUGCCAGAGCUAUGCUGGUGGAGCAGAAGAAGCUGAAGAGGCAGAGUCAGAUCCUCAUGCAGAACUCUGCUACGACUCAGGCUCUGCAGGACGCCCUGAGUCAGAUCGCAAGCCUGACUGAGGAGCUGGAGACUGAGAGGCUGGAGCACCAGAAGCAGAUGAAGCAGAUGGAGGAAAAGUUGAAAGGCUGUGAGGUCCAGAGGGAGCUGACAGCACUGAGGCUCAAACUGGAGCUCCUGGAGGAGGAGAAGAAGGAGCACACCGUUAGAUGCUCCAAGGCUGAACAGGAAGUCAAGGAUCUACGUUUCACUGUUGAGGAGCUUCAAAAGAAGCUGCAAGCUGCCGUCAACCCACCUCCCACACCGGCAUCAGCUCCACCCCCACCCCCACCCCCACCCCCACCUGCCACAUCUUCAGCAUCCAACCCUCUCAGUGCUUUGUUGUCCCUCAUUCGAAGGAAAAAAGACAAUGAGAGUGACAUCCCACUGUUGGACCAAAACACCACCAAGACACCAGAAGUGGACAUCAGGCAGCAGGCAGUGGAUGAAAUGAUGCAAAGGAUAAAAAAAGGAGUUCAACUUCGACCUGUCCGCCAAUCACCUUGCAGAGCCAGGAGACAGAUGGAGAAGCUGCCCUCUAAUUCUGCCAUUCAGGAACUUAAAGGAAUCAUGGAGAACUUUAGUAAAAGCCCAAACAUCCCUGGGCCAAAGCCUGUUCAGUCUUCCUCAAAUGAUGAAGAAGAAUUGUAUAAAAUCCUGCUAAGAAGACGAGAUGCUCUGGAAUCCUGACCAAGUGCCAAUCUACACCUCCGGCGUAGCAGAUGUCCUCCGGCUGGAAGUAAUUUUCCAACAAUCUAGAAAUCCUUUCAUACUUUUAUUCCAGUUAUAUAUCCGUGGGUUAGGAAUAAUUUGUAAUAUAAUUUCAGAAAAAUUAGUAAAAAGAGAUUUUAAUGCUUGUGGAUAUGAAGGGAAACCAAGGCCUCCACGCUGAUCAUCCGAUGAUGGAGACUUAUUGGCUAUUCUUUUUAUUUAGAUUGUUACUAACUUCCUGAAAAUUGAAGUUUAUUCUAAAUGUUUUAAUCAAGAGUUCUUACGAUACCAAAUUAAGAAAUGAACCAAAAUCCAGCAGGUGACAUGCCAUUCCGACAGCAACAAUCCUUCAUUUUCUGGGUUCAACACAUUCACAUUGAACCAGUUUGCUGUCAGAAAAUAAAGGAAACAUCCAGCCGUGGUAUCUGCCUCUCUCUAUUUUUUUUCUGCAUUUUUUGUUUCUUUCAGUAAUUCAUAAUGCUAUGUAAUGAAAUCACGGACACAUAAAGUUUUACUGAUAUUAUUAAUAAUAAUUAUGAACUGAUUCAAACAAACUCUGCUUGAUUUUUUUUUUUCUUUGUGACUGGAAGAUUUUUAUUAUUAUUAAUGAGCAAUAAUGCAACAGCAGUGCAGCCUCAUCAGGUAUCUAUACCUGUCAGUCUUUAAAUAAAGAUACAAUUGUGUCAUC